UUACGAACAGACACCGAUCCACCUCUUACUUACGCAGCAGUCAGAGGGGACUGCAUGGGGUGACUCGGUUUAUAACCACCAAUGAACGAAGUACCACGUUGACUUAUUACACCGUUGAAGUGUUAAACUAACCAACUAUAACUUUUCAUUUCCAUUCUGAAGCGGCGUUACUGAGAUUUGGGAUCUGUAGAAAUGCAGAAUGGGAGAUCAGUCAAGCGUCUCGUAUAGAACAACAGGUUCCAUAUUUUUGCAUCCUGUCAGCGUCUUCGUUGGGAUCCCACUGGAUCAGGUGAACUUCUUGGCCUGCCAGGUCUUUGCGCUGGUGACUGCCUUUUGGUUCCGCCUGUACCUCAGCCCCCAGCGUGUGGGCCCAGUGGUGCGCCAUGCCAUCGCCACACUCCUCGGCAUUGCUUUCCUCAUAUUCUGCUUUGGCUGGUAUUCGGCUCAUAUUUUUAUCCUGGUGCUCGCCUGCUACCUAAUCAUGAUCAAAGCUGACAUACACAACAUCCACAGGUAUUCUCUGGUUAUGGCAAUGGGCUACCUCACAAUAUGCCAUGUCAGCAGAGCCAUCAUAUUCAGCUAUGGCAUCCUGUCCACUGAUUUCUCUGGACCGCUGAUGAUAAUAACUCAGAAGAUCACGACUUUGGCCUUCCAAGUGCACGAUGGUAUGGGUUGCAAGGCCGAUGACCUCAAAGCAGAGCAGAGACGACUUGCCGUGCACUCCAGGCCCUCUCUCCUGGAGUACUUCAGCUACCACCUCAACUUCCUCAGUGUGCUGGUGGGGCCAUGUAGUAACUACAGGGACUAUGUGGAGUUCAUCGAGGGCCGGCACAUCCGGAACAGGCUGGCAGAGGCGACUAGCAGGCAGAACAGCGUGGGCACGCCUCUGGAGCCUUCACCCGUGGGGGCUGUCAUUCAUAAAUUGCUCAUCUGUGCCAUUUGCCUUCUUCUGUUCAUGACCCUCACCAAAGAAUUCCCCAUUUCCUACAAUGCUGACAUUGACUUCAUCAGCCAGGCGUCCUUUCUGACCAGACUGACGUAUGCCUUCUUUUCAAUACAAGCAGCAAGGCCAAAGUUCUACUUUGCCUGGACAUUUGCUGAUGCCAUUAACAAUGCUGCAGGCUACGGUCUCAAAGGGGUGGAUGAAAAGGGACAGGUUUCUUGGGACCUUGUUUCCAACUUGAAUAUCUGGAAAAUUGAGACAGCAACAAGUUUUAAAAUGUUUAUUGACAACUGGAACAUUCAGACCGGAGUGUGGCUCAAGUGUGUGUGCUAUGACCGGGCACCCCGUUACCACACACCACUGACAUUUGUGCUGUCCGCACUGUGGCAUGGAGUCUACCCUGGGUACUACUUCACCUUCCUGACUGCUAUCCCCAUCACCCUGGCUGCCCGAGCCGUACGUAAGAACUUUCGCCACUACUUGCUAUCCUCUGCGGCAGUGAAGUUUGGGUAUGACGUGCUGACCUGGUUGGCCACACAGCUGGCUAUCUGCUACACUGUCAUGCCCUUUCUCCUGCUGGCAGUGGACCCCACUAUGUGGUACUACAGGUCCAUGUACUUCCAUUUUCACAUCAUUAGUGUUCUGGUCUUGAUUGCUCUGCACAUCAAACCAGCCAGCGUAAGGCCUCAGCCCUACCGGGCCCACCACUUGAACAACAACGUGCAAGGAAAGUGAUAUCUGCUCCAUGGGUCCAUGCAGGCUGCCAGAGUCUCAGCAGGACAAAGGCUUCUCUGUGUACAUAACAAAGUGCGCUCUGCGGGACGCGCUCGCUGACGGAGAGGGUGACGGGCUGGAGAAAUGUCCAGAAUUUCCCGUCCGGCUUUCAGAGAGGCCUGUGUAAGACACUGCACAGACAACCCAGGGAAGAGCUAAAGCUGAGUCUACAGAGAUUCUGUCAGCACCAGAGAGAUGAGACACUGCUGAUCCACUUGGAAAUACCUGGACUUGCAUCAACCCAAAGUAAGGGCUCCAACAUCUGGCAAGGUUCAUGCCUCUCUACAUGCUGCAUGUGAAGUUCAUGUCCUCCGAUAACACAGAAAUGAUGUGACGUCACCUAGGCCACAUUAAAAUGGAAGAAAACACACAUUUUCUCUGGUUUGCAAUGACGGAUGAGGAUAUAGAAAGCCAUUAAUAGUCGACCAAGGUGACUGACAUACUACAUGUGGCCUCUCUGUCAGUUUGGAAUGACCAAGAUUCCAAGGAGGAGUCCAUGCUAACUGGGCCCCAGAGCCAUGUAGAGAGAGAGUCACAUCAACUCUAUUCACUCCAAUGGACCUUUUUUACAGCAAGGGCGGAUCGUGGAGCCUCUCAAUAGUUCCUGGAAGUUAUCAGCAAAUACUAGCAGCGCAGUAGAGUUGCAGCAGAAUAGACUGUUUGUGAUGCACUUUUAAAGGGUAAGACAUUAAAGAAUCAGAUUGUAUAUUAUCAGCACAUCUGAAUCAAAUUAACAUGUGCAUUAAAGCAUGUUAGUGGAUUAUCCCCCCACUAAAUUAGUAGAUUUAGGGAACGUUAGAUUAGGCUAGGAUACUGGAUAAAGUUAGCAACACAUAACAUUAACCACAAACAGCCUAUUAAUAUGAUUACCUCACAUAUUUUUUUGUUGUUGUAAUCUUUAGUGAUAGUAAGAUUGCUCCUACUGACUUGAGCCAACCAUUUUUUCUCCUCUCCGUAUCAGUGGGGAAACGGUACAUUUGUACUGCUUUCUCCGAGCGAUUGAAGCAUCCCCAUGCAGCACAGCAAACCAUGGUGGAGACUAUAUGCAAGGACAACACAGAGGAAAGG